AGGACAGAAAUAGAAAAUCAGAUGUGACCUCAUUGAAGGGCAGGGCAGGCACAAAAGUCUGAAAGGCCUCCACCUACUUCUUGUCUUUAAUCAACUUAGACCAUAUGGUUAAAAGUUGUAUGCACAUCAUCAUUUGUAUUUUCCUUACAAGGAUGCCAAUUUUACCCCCAGUUUUUUUUCUUCUGCAGCCUCUCUGCUCACGGGGGUAUGUAAAAAUCCAGUGGUGGAGUCGGCUUGUCGAUUGAUCCUAAAUCUUAGCACUGAGAGAGUUAACCCUUAGCCGCAGCGGUGACGCAGAAACCACCUCCCAGCCUGGCGUUUCUGGAUCUGCCCCGGCGGCUUCCUGUUCCACAGAGUCAGUGUGUGUGAGUGAUUGAUUGAACAUAAGCGGCGCCGGGAGUGGACUCAGUGCUGGCGGGAGGGGCCGGGUUAAAAUGUGGCGCAGCCGAGCCCGCACGCCGAGACCGGUGCUCGCCUCCGUCUUCUGCUUCUGCCUUCUGGCUUCACCCCAGAGCCUGGGUCAACUUGAGUUCUUGCCUCCAGUGAAUCUCUCGAUAGAGUCUCAGGACUUCCAUACUGUCCUGAAAUGGGAUGUACUUAAUUCAAGUGAAACAACUAGGUUUAACGUCGAUUUUCGUGAUUAUGAAACUGUAGAUUGGAAGCCAGUUUGUUUAAAUAUUUCAACACAUCAUUGUGAUCUCAGCAAUGUUUUUGUAGCUGCUCAGGAAUCAAGAAGUGGUUAUUAUGGCAGAGUUCAAGCAGUUACAGCAUUACAAGAGUCAAAGUUUGCUUAUACCAAUCGGUUCACUUUUGGCCAAAAUGCCACCUUGGGCCCUCCCAUUGUACAACUUGCAGCUCAUGGCAAUCAAUUAACAGUGGAAGUUAAGUAUCCAGUUCAUAAUUCCACAUCACACAACGUGCCUUUCAACUUGUUAUCAUAUAAUGUGUACUGCAGGCAUCAGAACCAGACUAAUCCGAUUUGUCUGAGGAUGACUCCACGAAAACCACUUCAACAAGUUGAAGUCCCAGAAGGAAACAUCUGUGUAUCUGCUGAAGUACAUUUAUCAACACUUAAUCUUAAGGGAAAGAAAUCUGAUGAAACGUGUUUGAGAAUUUACCUGCACACUCUACCAGAUUCAACAAGUUUUAAUUGGCCACCUCAGCUAAAGUGUGAGGACUAUACCACUUCUCUCACUAAUGAGCUGGAUGACUUGGUGCAAGGAGAGGAAGGGUACUAUAACUAUCCAGAGGAUGAGGAGGACCACCAGUCAGAGGAUGAGGAGGACCACCAGUCAGAGGAUGAGGAGGACCACCAGUCAGAGGAUGAGGAGGACCACUCCCUACGCAAAAUGUUUUCAGAUGAGGAUCCAAAGGAUACCUCAGUCACUACAGUUGUAAUUCCAACAAUAUUGAUCUGUGUCCUCGUGGUCAUUUCGAUACCUGUUGUAAUAUACCUUUUCAAAUGUAAAAAGAAGCUGAAAUUACCCAAGUCUUUGGCACACAUCGUAGUGAGUGACCAAACAUACAACGUGAUCAGUCCAAAAUCUGAAGAAAGCAGCGUAUGUGUACUUUUAAAACCGGAGGAGGUGACUGAUGUACCUCAUGAUUCAAGUAGAUUUCAGGAUCAAGAGGAAGUCAUCAAUACUUUGGACAAUGUGGAUCCUGGUACAAUUAAUGCUGAUGAAGGCAGCAGUGAACUUGUAAAUGCUGACUUGAAUGAUCCAUAUGCAGCUAAAAUUGAUACAAAUGGCAUGGAUCAAAAAAGUGUCAGCACAGACAAUACUGAAGUUGGUGUCAGUGAUCUGGACAGCAGUCAUGACUUGUGCAAGACGCAUUUUGAUGGCAUGAAACAAAAUUAUACUGCAGAUAACUGGGGUUAUGAUAAACCUCAGGUUCCAUUUAAUAUGUUUUAAAUAUUUUAUGAACUAAUACAAAGACAGAACAUCUUCCUCUGCAGUGAAAUGGAUUAGGAACUCAUUACUGAGGAUACCUCUUGCUGAACACAUUAGAUGUUUAUAAUGUCACAACUGAACAUCCAGAGUUCUGCUGGCCUAAAUAUUUUUUUAAAACUUGCCAUUCUCAAGACACUGCUUGGAAUGUAUUGUUGCAGCUUCCGACUACAGCCAGAGGACAAUGUGCAGGUUUUAACUUACAAUUCAUACAGUGCAAGUACUUGAAUGCUCUGUUGUACAAGGUUAAAUUUAUGUGUUUGGAAGGGAGAAUUUAUUGAACCACAGUAGUACAUUUGGUUGAGCGGAAGUUAAUAUUUCCUCCAAAUCAGACUAGCACUUUACUACAGUACUGUUAAAGUGCAGAGUUGUAUUGGCAGGAACUGCAAAUUGAUGAUAUCAAAUUGUGAGCUCUUGUAGUAGGUUUGAUUUUUCUUUCAAUACUAAAAAAAAUGUUCAGAAUGCUAUUACCCAUAUGUUAUUACUGUCCAAGACAUCUAAACUAUAGCUGUUGUCUAUAAAAGAUUGCAGGGCAUUGUUCAAAUAAGAGGAGAGUUCUGCUGUGUGAAAUUUAUCUCGCACCAAUACAGUUAAUAACGUUAUCUAAUCACUAUCUCAUUGAAGUUUGAGGCAGGUAGAAAUUGCUAGCUACUUUUGACUCUAAAAAUGGAGUCAAAGCACUCUAUUGGCUGUGAAAUAUUGAAGUUCAAGAAAUAUUGAAGUUCAAGAAAUAUUGAAGUUCAAGAAAUAUUGAAGUUCAAGAAAUAUUGAAGUUCAAGAAAUAUUGAAGUUCAAGAAAUGCAGUUUAUGUCUCAGUUGUAAAAUGAUGAAUUUCUCAGGCAGUGGUUUGUUCGUGGAAAGGUUUGAUUCCAAAGGAAAUUAACAUUGUGAAAUAAAAAGUUUGUGCAUAGUUAUUUUUUCCUCCAAAUUUCAAAAUUUGGUUCCUUUCCGAUAAGAUCAUUGAAAUGAAGGUGCUACAUUUCACUCCACACUUUCAUUAUUGUUUUAAUCAUAAAUCUCUUUCCACAACUUUCUUCUGUGAAAUCUCUAUUGUUAAAGGUUUUUUUUAAUUAGACAAUGAAAAACAAAAAGAUCAUUAAGAUUAUAGUUAUACAGUUAUGUUUCUAUUUUAUUAUUGUGUAACAAAUCUCCAUCUAGAGAAAACCAAGUCCUGGCCACAGGUGAGAUUCCAGAAGACUGGGGAAUAGCCAAUACUGCUCCAUUGUUUAAUAAGGGCAACAGGGAUAAUCCAGGAAAUUAUAACUGGAGAGCUUUACAUCAGUGAUAGGGAAAUUAUUGGAGAUAAUUCUUAAGGAUAGGAUUAACUCAAAAAUGGAAAAGCAGACUUAUUAGGAAUAAUCAUCAUGGCUUUGUGUGGGAGAAGUUCUCUCUCAAAUUUGAUAGGGUUUUUUUUUGAGGAGGUGAUGAAGAUGAUGGUAGGGCAGUUCAUAUUGUCCAUAUGGACUUCAGUAAAGCAUUUGAUAAAGUCCCUCAUGGUGGGCUGGUCCAGAAGAUUAAAUCACAUGGAAUCCACAAUGAGUUGGUAAGUUGGAUACAAAAUUGGCUUGGUCAUAGAAGACUGAGUAGUGAUAAAGGGGUGUUUUUCUCACUGGACAUCUGUGACCAUUGGUGUUUCACAAGAAUUAGUGCUGGGACCUCUUGUUUGUAGUGUAUAUUAAUGAAUUGGAUGAAAAUGUAGAUAGUUUGAUUAGUAAAUUUGCAGAUGACAUGAAAAAAAAAUCAGUGGAAUUGUGGAUAACAAGAAAGAUUGUGAAAGGAUAUGGAUCAGAGGAAAAUUUGGGCAGAGGAAUGGCAGAUGGAAUUUAAUUCUGACAAGUAAGGUGAUGUAUUUUAGUAGGCCAAAUGCAAGAGGAAAGAACUCAGUUGAUGGCAGGACCCUUGGGAGCACUGAUGUACAGAGGGGUCCUGGGGUGCAAGUCUAUAGCUCCCUGAAAGUGGUAACAAGUGGAUAAGGUGGUAAAGCAUAUGGCAUGCUUGCCUUCAUUGGUCAGGGCAUGAGUGUAAAAGUUAGAAAGUAAUGCUGCAGCUGUAUAAAACUUUAGAUAGACCACAUUUGGAGUAUUGUCUGCAGUUCUGAUGAGCACAGUAUAGGAAGGAUGGGGAGGUUUUGGAGAAAGCACAGAAGAGAUAUGCCAGGAUGUUGCCUGGAUUGGAGUGCAUUUGCUAUAAGGAGAGGUUGGACAAACUUGGAUUGUUUUCUUUGGAGUGUUGGAGGGUGAGGGGUGACCUGAUAGAAGUGUUUAAAAAAAAAUUGAGGGGCAAAGGUAGGGUGGUCAGAAUCUUUUUCCCCAGGGUGGAAAUGUCAAAUUUAGAAGGCACAAGUUUAAGGUGAGAGGGGUAAGUUUAAAGGAGAUGUGAGAGGCAGUUUUUUUUUAAAUAUAGAGAGUGGUAGGUGCCUGUAGUGCUGUUAGGGGAGUGUGUAGAUACAGAUAAGAGGCAUUUACACAGACUAGUAAACAGGCUGGUUAUAGGACCAUGUGAUAUGUUACACAUGCAGGCAGAUGGGAUUACUUAGAUUGGCAUCAUGGUGGGUCAACCUAUUCUUGUGUUCUAUGUUCUAGCCAGUUGUUCCCAACAGACCAAGGAGAGUAAAUUUAUUCCACAAGCAUUUGAUGGUUACUGUCACUCAUUUUGGUUUCUCCUUAUUUCAGAGCAGCGUGGAGCUUGUGUUUCCAUUUAGAGAUUUCUGUCCCAUUGAAAAUUUUAGUGUCAUAGAAGUAGAAAAUCAACAUCAGAUACAAAAAAGGGAAAAUGAGCAAGAAUAGUAAAUGAUUUGGUAUAAUGAGUGAAGGAUAAAACACAGAGGGAGAGUGCAUCGCAUUACCCUUCAAAGGCAUACAUGUCGACUGAAUAAGCAGCUGUUAGCAUAACCAACUGGAAGCAGCUUGCAUUCUCCAGCAGAUCAAGAGAUACUCUACACUAUUUUGAAAUGGGUUGCUCAUUUAGAAUGAAUGUUUAGGAAAAAAAUGGGAGCAGGAGUAGACUCUUCAUCUGAGUCUUCUCUCAGUUUCAAUAUGAUCAUCACACUCAUCUUUCUCGAUGUGCAAUGAAAAACUUACUUGCAGCAGCAUCAGGCACCUAGCAUCAUAUAAGUAGCAUUCACAAGAAAAACUUUUUUUUACAAGAAAGAACACAAUUAGAACCUCCAUGGUGGGGAUCUUUGAUGAUGGAUGUCGCCUUUUUGAGGCAGUGCCUCCUGUACCAGACCACAAUGCAUCCAGUCAGGACACUUUCAACAGUACAUCUCUAGAGGCUUGUUAGAGUGUUCAGUGACAAGCCAAACCUCCUUAACUUCCUAAGUAAAGAAAAGAUGCUGGCAUGCAUUCCUUGUGAUCGUGUCUAUGUGCCGGAACGUGACCCCUGGUUCUGGACCACCACCCUCCCUUCAGCGAGGGGCAGCAUCCUCCCCACAUACAGCCUUAUCAAGCCCUGUCAGAACUUUGUACCUUUCAAUGAGAUCUAUUUUUAUUCUUCUAAUCUGUAAUAAAUGCACACUCAGUCAACCCAAUCUCUCCUCAUAUGACAGUUCUGUCAGCCCAGGAGUUAGUCUCAUGAACAGUUGUUCCACUCUAUGGCAUAUAUAUCUUAGAUAAGGAGACCAAGACUGCACAAAAUACUCAGGGCAUAGUCUCACCAAGGCACUAUAUAAUUGCAAUCGGAUAGUCUUGCUCAAAACCUCUUGCAAUGAAGCCAAUUUACCAUUUGCUGCCUUAACUACAUGCUGCACCUGCAUAGUUGAUUCCUUGACUGGUGUUCAAAUGCAUCCAGAUCUGUGUCAUUUAACAUUUCCCAAUCUAUCACCAUUUAAAUAAUGUUCUACCUUUGUUUUUAACCUACCAAACCAAGAUUUAAUACUGUGAAAACAUCAUAUCUUCUGAAUUAUAAUGGGAAUAUGGCAGGAGAUUGCUAGUUUGUGUAAUGACUUAUUAACUUUAACUCUUUCCUCCUCAAUGCUGUUUAAAAGCUUCCACUGUAACUAGCUUUUGGCUAUGUGCCCAAAUAGCUCCUCAUAUGGCUUGGUUUUCCCACCCGUCUCUUUGGAAAGUACCAAGGGAUUUUUUCCUGCGUUAUAUACAAAUUGAUGGCUUGUUGGUAGAGUGUGAGAGAGUGCCAAAGCCAUACAAGACCAGCUGGUUGUCAAACCUGUCCCAUAUUCCCAAUGGAUGGAAUCACAUGAAAAUGUAUGAUGUAACAUGUAGCUAUAUGAAAGGAAAAUAAAUUAAUAUCAACUCGG